ACUAGACUUUUCCACUAUCCAUUCCCAUUUUCCACAUCAGACAACAUUCUCUCCCUCAGAGGAAAGCAUCUCCUCUUCUUGAUUCACAUUUUGAACUUUAACCUUCUCAAACCAUCUCUAACAAAACUGUAUCCUAGUUAUUAAAAAUGACGAAGAUAGGAGGCAUUCUCGUUUGUUUAGUCAUCGUGGGCUUAGACAUAGCUGCUGCAAUCCUCGGAAUCCAAGCAGAAGUUGCUCAAAAUCAGGUGAAGCACAUGAGGCUGUGGCUAUUUGAGUGCAGAGAGCCAAGCCAAGACGCGUUCAGGCUAGGUCUAGGUGCAGCCGCGGUAUUGGUAAUGGCUCAUGUCCUCAUCAAUUUGGUUGGAGGCUGUCUUUGUAUUUGCUCUCAAGACGAGUUUCAAAGAUCUUCUUCUACUAAGCAAAUCUCCAUGGCUUGUCUUGUCCUCACUUGGAUCGUAUUCGCCGUUGGAUUUGGGGCUUUAGUGAUUGGGACGAUGUCUAACAACAAGUCAAGAUCUUCUUGUGGAUUCACACAUCACCAUUAUCUCUCCAUUGGAGGGAUCUUGUGUUUCCUACAUGCCCUCUUUUGUGUUGCUUAUUACGUUUCUGCCACUGCGGCUAAAGACGAAGCUGCUAAGUGACAAAGACAUGAUAAGUGAUGGAUGAACACAGGUGGGUCCUUCUCCUUGACUAUAUAUUCCAAUGGUUAAUUGUGUAAUAAUAUUUUCAUAUCUAUUAACAUAGUAGAAUCUUUUUUUUUUCUUUUUUUAAUUUGUUUUCACUUAUUUCGAAGUCUCUUUUGUAAUUUGGAAAGUCGUGUCAUUUUGAAAAAAUAUGAAAGCUUUCUCCUUUAUGUCACGCUCUGUUGUCGCAUGUGGGGUUUGAAUGCAUUGGUGAUAAUG